AUGAGGCAAGUAGUUCUACCUUACAAGGGGGACUUCUCGAAGUUGUAGAAGCAAGUCAAGGAAGCAAACUGUACCAAAGCUCAUUGCAAGGCUUUUGUGAUUGUCAUUGGAAAAAGGCAGGCUCAGAUCCUUCAGUAUAAGGAUCUCUGGCUGCAUAUGCAUUUGCAAAAAGUGCUUGUAAUCUAUACCUCAUCUUUCAUAUCUUAAAACUACUGCUCAGAUUUACAUAAAAAAAGAUCAUGCUCAAAAAGUGUAGUGUAUUGCAAGCCCUUUGUGUUGGUUCCUCAUUAUACCAUGUAUAAAUUGCUGAUCUAGAAUGCAGCCAUCCAAUCAAAAUUUUUGUGAAAGAAAAUAAUGAAAAUUAUUAAUAAAAAAUAUUACGUGUUUAAUCUCAAUGAAGCGCUGUACAAUUCUUUUGCGAUUACCAAGUCAGAAAUUCGAAGCGGCGCAUGUGGACUGUCUGGAAAUCCAAUUGUAGCUGUUUGUACACUUAUGGUCCACAAACAAUCAGAACCACGUGACCCACCAUUAUCAGUCCAUUUUCAAAAGUGCAAUGGAUGCGCUGCAACAGAAUAUUGCUUGAAACGGUGUUCUUCCGAAUAUUGCCUCGACUGUUCUUCGUGUUUAGAGCCUGAUGUUCCUUUUUAUAAUCUGAUCAAUCAACUGAUUCUUCAAGGAUCUCACAUUUUGACUGGCAGAAUUUUGUGCUAACGCGUAUGCCGUAUGACACGUGUCAAAAUUAUAGCUGUAGAAAAUGGGCAAAAUUAGUAAUACAUCCAAAUCCAUGGUUAAUUUAAACUCAUCAGAUUUAUUUAUAUAUUCGGUUAUAGACAAAUUAAUAUCAGCAAAAAAGAACGAAUGUGGCAAUGAAGGAAUUACUUUUUUAGGAUUGAUACAAUUGUCUGAAAAUCGCGUGGGAUAUAUAACUCCACUGCUCUGUAAAAAUUUAUUCGAAAAGCAUGAUGGAAUUAACUUGCGACGCUGUAAUUCGACUCUUUGCUUGAUUCGCGAAAUGUGCAGCAAAACGUUUGUCUGUAAUGACCCCAUAGCCGAAACUUCAGGGGAUAAUAGUGCCAUAAAAUUAGAAAAAACUGCGACAAUCAAAGACAAUGAUGUAGAAACCAGCAUACCUUCAAAUAAAACGAAGUACGCGUUGAGAGGGCAACUCACCAGUGGUGUAGCACCGACGGAUUUAAGGUCUUCAAUUUAUAACGGAGGGGGCCGUAGUGUUCCGAUUUAUAAGAAAAAAGAAAAAAUUACUGAAGAAAAUAAAGAAUGGAAAUUAUUUCAAAAGGGAACUCAGUGGAAGGCAGGCCCAGCUAAACCAGGAACACAUGAUACACUCAGUGUGAUAUUUAGUGGGGGUUCUUCUUUGGAGAGUAAUGGUUCGUUGCUAACUACUAAAAGACAGCCAACUCCGCCACCCACAUUAAUUAAGUCCUUUAUAAUUUCAAGAUCACUCUUGAAUGUCAACCGGAAUGACGUGGAUGAAAAUGUUGUUAGUCGUGAUAAUGGAGAAAUUCAUUUUCCAACGUAUGAAAAGAAAAAUACUACAAGCUCUUUGUGGACCAAUCAAACAAAUGAUAACUUUACUCGUGGCGCAAAAUUUACAACCCUCCCACGUCACAACUUGCCUGGUUUGGGGGUGUCCACAUCGAAUGCUUCAUCUUAUUGCGAUAAUUGGUCCAAUUCUGGUAGAUCUCAUGAUUCAAUGCCCGCCACUAGUAACGAAACCGAUACCUUUACACCCUUCGAAGACUACUUGAAAUCGAGCCAAACUCUAACAGGCAAUUCCUGCAGUAGCCAGUCGUUUAAUUUGGAUCGCGAAAACCAAAAGAUUUACAAUAAAUUGGAAAAUCUCGUAUACGAAUUGCGACAAAUGUUCGUGUACAGGCAGAGUCGGGAGUGUUGCUAUCCUCCUUUAAGUUAUCUUUGUAGACGCAAACGAUGGUGUAAUAGUAGAAGCCCCCAAAACGCAAAGCCGCAGAAACCGACGUCUUCAAACAAAACUGUACGUAUUGAAGAAAAGGAUAGCGUUGUUUACAUAAAUGUACCCGCCAACGGCCUUCCUUCAAGUUUUCUGGUAAUAUCUUCAGACGAUGACACCAAAAGCUGUAGCAAGUGCAAAGAAAGGCCCAGUAAACAGUUCGAUUCCCUUUACAAGUUGAUUGUAGAGGCACCGAAUGUAAGCGAGAAGUCUCAUAAGUCAAAGACCUGCAAGAACCAUUCGAAAUGUGAUGUCAUAACGGCUCAAAGCGAAUUAUCUUCACAGCCGCCCCAAAAAUCCCAUAAGAAACCCAGUAAAAUACCUUUAAAGAAAAAGUGUUCGUUCAAAUGUGCAUCACCUCAAUCAAAAAAAGCUUCACCAAUCCAAGCCAUUGCGUUGCCAAAAAACAACAAUAUUGGCACAUCCACUUGCAUUUUACCCCCGUUCAAUACCUUUUGCUGCUUCCGGCAUACUAACAGACCAAAUUGCAAUUGUUGUAAUAAUUGCAUUAAUUAUCCAAGGCAAGUCUGUGGUACUUGCUUACGCUUUACACCAAAACGAACAUCUGCGUUAACGAGUGUCCCGCAACAAACUCUUUAUAUGUAUAACGAAAAAAUAAAGAACACACGUUCUUCUCCACCGAAUGAUCUAAACGAAAACCCGCCCUUAAUUUCGGUCAAUUCAACUCCAAUAGAGACAUUCGCACAAACCUUUGAAAAAAACAAGAAAGACUCAUGUACGAAAUCUACUCAAACCGUUGAAACAGUGAAUGAAAAUGGUAAUUUUUCAAACACGCAAAGUAAUGGUAAACUUGCCGUUAGAAUUAACGAAACGAAAAGUGUGCUCGGUUCGGCAACUCCAAAGGUUAUUUCUUGGGAGGAUUCAGUAAGAGAAUCCACGACAGAUGAAAUUGAAGACGUUAAUUUUAAAGAUGUCCCCAGAAAAACUUUAAAAGAAUUCAUAUCAGCAAUACCCAAAAGCGACUUAGAAAAAGAUCCAAAAGAUGAAAACAUGAAAACAGAUGAUGGCCCGAGUAACGGAAGCAUUGACUAUGAAAAUGAUGCAUCUAUGAGAGAUUUGAGAUCGUCAAUCGAUAGGAGCAAUGGAAACCAAGGAUCGUGGGAGAAUGAGGGUCGGGAAAGUGAAAGUACAACAUAUUUGAAUAACGACCUCGUUCCUGCCUCGAUCUUAAACAACAACGAUAAAAGAGGGUCGAUGGAGAAGCAAACGAGUGCGAGUGAAACGCAGGAAGCUGGUAUACGCUAUUCCAAUAACGAGCCCAGUAAUUUAAAAAAUGUCCCUAGAGAAACAGAUUUUCGGUCCUCAUUCCGAAAGAGCAAUGCUGAUCGAGAUUCAUGGGAUAAUCGGGAAGGCGAGGUGAAGGAAGCUGACUACUCUAAUGAUGCCGGAACAAGUUUAAAAGAUGACUCAAUGCAAGCUUUGGGAGAUUUUUCAUUAUCAGUCGCAAAAAGGAAACUUAACCAAGAUUCAAUGGACUAUUCCGAUAGAGAAACUAUUAAUAUAGAUAUAGAAGAUGCAUCUAAGCAAACUUUGAGGGACUUUCGAUCCUCAAUGCGAAAGAGCAAUGCAGGUCGAGAUUCAUGGGACAAUCAGAAGAGUGAAGCGGAGAAAGAUGAUUGCGCCAAUAAUCCCGAGAUGAGCUUGAUGGAUGUCUCAAGACCAGGUUUGAGAGAUUUUACGUCAUCAACCGCAGAGAGCAACGUAAACGAAGAAUUAUGGGAAAACCUGGCUCGGAAAUCUGAAACCACAACCGGCGACCAUUUAAAGCAGGAGCCAACUAAUAUCUCGAGAGACUUUCAAUCUUCAGUCAGUAACAAUUUUAACCGAGGCUCUUUAGAGAAGCAGACAAAUACAACACAGGGAGGUGAUAGUAAGACAAUCGACUACUCCAGUGCCAAACCCAUUAAUUUAGAAAAUAUCUCGAGACAACGUUUGAGAAACAGUCGAUCUUCAAUGCGAAAGAGCAACGUUGGUCGAGAUGCAUGGCAUAAUCGAGAGAGUGAAACAAAGAAAGCCGAGUUCUCCAAUAGUUCAGAAACGAGUUUAAAACAUGCUUCAAAACAAGGUUUGACAGAUUUUAGGUCCUCAAUCGCAAAAAGCAACGUAAACCAAGGCUCAUGGGAAACCCAGGCCCAGGAGAAUGUAACCACAGCAGUAGACGAACCCAUUAAAGUGAAAGAUACCUCGCGACAAACUUUGAAGGACUUUCGGUCCUCAAUUCGGAAGAGCAACGUUGGCCAAGAUUCAUGGGAUCGGAAAAGUGAAGUAAACGAAGCUGACUGCUCCAAUAAUUCAAAAACCGUUUUAAAAGAUGCCUCAAGGCAAUCUUUAAGAGAUUUAAGGUCAUCAAUUGCAAAGAGCAAGAAUAACCGAGGAUCGGUAAAAAAGCAAAUGAGCAAAAUACAAGAAAAUGAUAGCGAAACAAUUGACUACUCAAAUAAUGAACCCAUUAAUUUAGAAGAUGCUUCUAGACAAACUAUGGGAAACAUUCGAUUCUCAAUUCGAAAGAGCAACGCUGGCCAAGAUUCAUGGCACAAUCGAGAGAAUGAAGCUAAAGAAGCUGACUGUUCCAAUAAAUCAGAAACCAAUUUAAAAGAUGCCUCAAGACAAUAUUUAAGAGAUAUAAGGUCGUCAAUUGCAAAUAGCAAGAUAAACCGAGGUUUAGUGAAAAGACAAAUGAGUGUAGCACAGGAAAAUGAUACCGAAACAAUUGACUACUCUAACAACGAACCCAUUCAUUUAGAAGAAAGUUUGGGAAACGUUCGAUUCUCAAUCCGAAAGAGCAACGUUAGCCCAGAUUCAUUGCACAAUCGAGCGAAUGAAGCAAAAGAAACUGACUGUUCCAAUAAAUCGGAAACAAAUUCAAAAGAUGCCGCAAGACAAUCUUUAAGAGAUUUAAAGUCAUCAAAGGGUAAUAUAAACCGAGGCUCGGUGAAAAGGCAAAUGAGUGGAGUACAGGAAAAUGAUAGCAAAACAAUUGACUACUUCAAUAACAACCCCAUUAAUUUAGAAGACGCCUCCAGGCAAACUUUGGUAACCAUUCGGUCUUCAAUCCGAGAGAGCAACGUUGGCCGAGAUUCACGGGAUAAUGGAGAGAAUGAAGCAAAGGAAACUGACUGCUCCAAUUAUUCAGAAACCAGUUUAAAAGAUACCUCAAAGCAAUCUUUAAGGUCAUCAGUUUCAAAGAGCAAUCGAGGCUCUGUGAAAAGGCAAAUGAGUGGAGCACAAGAAAAUGGUUGCGAAACAACUAACUACUCCAAUAACGAACCCAUUAACUUAGAAGAGGCCUCCAAGCAAACUUUGAGAAAUAUUCGGUUCUCAAUCCGAAAAAGCAACGUUGGCCGAGAUUCAUUGGAAAACAAGGCGCCGGAGAAUGUAACCACGGCAGUGGAUGAACACAUUUCUGUGAAAAAUGCCUCACGACAAUCUUUGAGAAACAUUCGGUUCUCAUUCCGAAAAAGCAACGAUGGCCGAGAUUCACGGGAUAAUCGACCGAGUGAAGCAAAGGAAGCUGACUGCUCCAGUAAUUCAGAAACUAAUUUAAAAGACGUCUCAAGACACUCUUUAAGAGAGUUAAGGUCCUCAAUUGCAAAGAGCAAGAUUAACCGAGGCUCGGUGAAAAAGCGAAUGAGUGAAGCACAGGAAACUGAUAGCGAAACAAUUGAUUACCCCAAUAACGAACCCUUUAAUUUGGAAGAUGCCUCUCGGGAAACUUUAAAAAACAUUAGGUUCUCAAUCCGAAAUGGCAACACCGACCGAGAUUCAUGGGACAAUCGAGAGAGUGAAGCAAAUGAAGCUGACAGUUCCAAUAAAUCAGAAACGAGUUUAAAAAGUGUCUCAGGACAAAGUUUGAGAGAUGCCUCGCGACAAACUUGGAGAGACUUUCGGUCCUCAAUCCGAAAGAGCAACGUUGGUAAAAAUUCAUUGGACAAUCGGGAAAGUGAGGCAACGGAAGUUGACAGCUCCAAUUUCUCAAGAAAAUCUUUGAGAGAUUUUAAGCCAUCGCUCUCAAAAAGCACCAUUAGCCGAGAUUCAAUGCACGGUCAAAUGCAUGGGGCACAGGAAACAACCGACUAUUCCAAUAACGAGCCAAGUAAUUUAAAAGAUUCCCCUCGGCAAACUUUGAGAAUUAUUCGGUCCUCAAUCCGAAAAAGCAACGUUAGUCGAGAUUCAUGGGAGAAUCGUGAGCGUGAAGCAAAAAAAGCUGACUGUUCUAAUGGUGCAGAAACAAGUUUAAAAGAUGCCCCAAAUCAAAAUUUGAGAGAUUUGAGAUCCUCAAUCGCAAAGAACAACGUGAACCAAGGUGCAUGGGAAAACCAAGCACAGGAGAAGUUACCAACAGCAAUGGUCGAGCCCACUAAUGUGAAAGACGCUUCGCGACGAACAUUUAAAUGUUUGCGAAGAAGCACUCUUAAAGGAGACUCAUGGAACGAACCGAUAAAAAUUGCCUGUCCCAAUAAUGAAAAAAAUAACAUAGAAACUAUCUCGAGACAAAGUUUAAGAAAUAUUAGAUCAUCAAUGCCAAAGAGCAAAUCUAUCCAAGAUUUGUCGGAUAAGAACCCCAAAGAUCCAAAUCGAAGUGAAAGUAAAUCAAUUAACAGCUCAAUGUCGAAGCAAACCUUAAAAUCAUUAAUCCCUAAGAGCAGCGUUACUCAACACUCACAGUUCAAAGACACAAUUGCAAAGGGCCAUGUCCAAGAAUCCUUGCCAAAGGUACACAGAGAUUUAUUAACGGCAAGUGAGAGAAAAACAAAUAAUCGCUCGGGAAAAGAAACGAUACACCUGAAAGAAGUAUCGGGACACACUUCAAUACCUUGCCCUGCAAAGAAGUUACAGAAUCUUAGUCGCCAAACUGAGAAACAUCUUGCAGUUGCUGCAUGUUCGACCACCAUGCCAAGCCCCAAAAUCUCUGCAUCCUUACAUUCCUGGAGGAACGGCUCCCGUAAAAUUGUGGGUAAUGGCCCGUCCAAGUCGCAAAGCUUAGUUUACGUUCACACUGAUCGGGAGUUAAAGGAUUGGUUGCCUAGUAAUGUAGACAAUUUUAUUAAAACAUGGUCGAAGAUCGAUGAUGUUAACGAUGACGUUGUAGCGGAUCUUACGAGAAAGAUGGACGAGUUGGAGCAGGCGUAUGAUAUUUUACUACGCGUUCCGGAGAAACGAGCCAAUUCAAAGCAGCAUAGUCAUAGGCGAAGCGAUGGUUCAAAAAAACCUGAAUACUGCGGGGGUUGUUCUACGUCAUGUACGAGCGGCCAUAAGAGAAAACAUAAAAGUGACCAGAUGAGUAAACAAAAGGAAAAGAUAAUGAAAGAUGUUGCUAAAGGUGUUGAAGUAGUUCUAAAUAGUGUUAAGGAAUUUAAAAAGCUAAUGACUAGAAGUCGUUCGAAAGAAAUGUAGUGUGAGUACGUUGGUACUUUUGUCUUGUAGCCAGAGGCAAAUUAAAGCUUAUUCUUCUUACAGCAUUUAACAUUAUAGACUUGGUCUAGAAAUUCAUAAAAAGUAGUGCGUCUGAGUCGUGUUUUAUCGUAAACUGUACUCAUAAAAAGUUGUUUCUGCCACUUAUAGGGGUCACGCCGGGGAUUACAAUGGGAACCCAUAUUUAUUUUUAAUAAAGAAUUGUACUUUACCAAAAUUUAUAUUGAUUUAUUCUAUUAAUCCCGGUUGCUAUUAUUUAGUCUUCGUACUAGGAUAUAACCUCAGAACAAGUUAUUUCUUGCCCUGAGGUUAUGACUACUAGUGGUACGCGUACCAUAAUUUAAGAACCGCUGAUAUAGAUGUAG